GAGGCCCGGGCCCGUAUCGUCUCAGAGGGUGGUGAUCCUGAUUCCGUGAUGCUGGUUCUGAGCCGGUAUGCGGUUCAGUUCGGCGUGUACCGGGGUCAGACAUUUAAGUGGCUCCUAGAGAAUGACAUGGGCUGGAUUGUGGGGCUGGUGGCUAGCCAUCAGCAGGAGCGUGAGCGCAGCGUCUCCACAUCUCCACUGAUGGUCCACAAGGAUGCCUUGGCCCGCUACACAAAUAAUUAUUCUGCCGUUAAGGUGGAAGUCAGGUUCCGGAGGGCUUUCGUGGAUUCCAAACUCAAGGCCUCACAGCCUGGACAGGAGGGCCAAGCCCUUGUUGGAUUUCACAGGUACAGGGCAGAGACACUGCAGGAACUGUGAGUCCAAGGACAAGGUCCACAUUGGGUGAGAACAGUCAUUUGAAUAACAAUGUCAUGCUGAUAUAAGUUGUAUUUUUUGUGCUAAUUGAUUCAACUAAUUUCUAAUUAAUAUAUAUAUGUUUUUAAUCAGUUAUGUCAACUGGCUGAGGAAGCAGACACCCCAGAAUCCCGGGGACCCUAUGGAAGCAGCCCUUAAAUAUAUCAGGCGCCGUGACCAGGAGGCAGCUACACCCCCUUCUCCCCUUGCUGGGGUUAAGACAGCUUCAGGGUAAGUAUUGGUAUCAGUAAAGACGACCCGUUAAUUCAUUUAAAAAAGUACAAUGGUUAUUUUAUUCCCGACUGUUUGCUUGGUGUUAAAGGGCUCUUGGUGCAGCGGUUUCUGCAUUUUUAGGGCAGCGUUCUGUGGCCCCAGGUCAACUGCAGUCAACGGUCAGGAACAUCCUUGCCAAAAAGACUGCAGUUCCCAGUAAUCAUUUUCAAUUUGGAACAAUGAGCUCUUUAUGACUAAGACCACGUUUAACACUUUUCUAUGUGUCGUAAAGGGGUGCCUGCUUCCAGACCAGCUCCGCGACCAGCUCUGCACCCCAUAGAGCCCUCGGAUGCAGAGCUGGUUGCAGUUGCCAUUGCCACCGAGGACUGUAAGUUGGUUGAUACAUUUCCUGAUAUUCAUUGAUAAGUAUCUUUUUAAUCGGAUAAACAUAAUGUUGUAUGUAAUAUAUUGUCUUUCUGUUGGAAUAUUCAUCAGACAAACGGUCCAGUGGAUAAGGUUGGGUUUGGGUGAGAAACUCUGUACAUAUUCAUGUACAUCUAGAACGGCUUACUAGUUGCUGUUAAUCCAUAUCCUGCCAUGUGGCUGCACAUUUCCUCUCAUGGUGUCUAACUCCGCCGCCUCACCCCACCCCAGUAUUCUUGAUAAGAAUGCUUAGUCCAGUACUUGCAGAUUUCCCACCCUCCUAUGUGGCUAAAAUGUUUGUCUUAAUUUUUCUUUAGAACAACUUACAUUACACAUUUGAUUUGGGUCAACCUUGACACAUGUAAUUUCACACUUUUAUCCCCUUCAGUUUCCUUGCUUUUCUGACAUCAACCUGUGCUUUGCUUAACUAAUGUGAACUUGCUGAAAUUAAUAUAAUGUUUAGUCUACAUCUAAUCUCCUCUACUAAUACUUGGCCUGAUAUAUGGAUGAAUUCUCUGUAUGUAUUGUUAUGAAGCCUUGGACAUACAGGUCCCUGUUUCAGUUUCCACCCAAACAACUACGGACCCACCCCAGGCCUCGCAGGAUCCACCGGGAGCUGCUGUCCGGACCAAAGAGCAGGCUGUGCCACGGCAAUCUUUCCCGUGUCCACCGCCUGCACAUGCAAGUCCUAAGGUGAGUCUACCUAUAACGGCGACGGUUCAGAAAGUAAUUGGGUAUUCACAACUGUAAGCUACUGAAAUACUAUUAGUAUUUUACUAGUCAUUUUCUUGUCCUCUAUCUAAAAUGCAGCUGCUUCUUCCGGAGAGCUGCAUUGUGCAUUGUUCACCAGGGGUAGCACUGGGAGAUCACAACUUACCACAGAGUUGCGUCUGUGGUGGUACCCUCCCCAACCUCGGCUGAUCUACAGUCAGCCACCCGCUUCGCCCGACCCCUUCUUUGCGUGUCCACUGUUCCUCUGGAUGCCACUGCGCAUGUGGUCAUUCAAGCUGACAUGCACCCAGCCUGGGUGUAACACCACUCUCACCAAGGCUGGGCUUUACAAGACCAUCCGGAGGGUCUUGGAUGUGUAGGGCUGGUACCUAAUGGCCACAGAGUACCUGGAGUGCCCUAAAUGUAAAAAGAAGGUGGCGGGCUGGUCCCAGGGCAUCUUGGGUCAGCUGGAUCCUGCGCAUCGCUGCCAGUUUCCAGCUAUUCUGACCUACAAGUAAAUAUUUAUAGUUUUUAGUUUUCACAGCUGAGAAGUGACAAUUCAGUGUAUUGUUCUUUGUCGUUUUAAAAGGUACAUUUACAUCAUAAAAAAAUAUCCUUUCUCUCCAGGCUUUCCUGUGACCUUGCGGUUGUAGUGAUGCUGAGGGAGCGCUCUUUGGGGACAGUGCAACUCAGCUGUACAAGAAGCUGUGUGAGAGCCACAGCGAAGCCUGGAUGCGACGGUCCAUUCAGUACCUCGGCGAGUGCCAGCACUUUAUGACCUCCGGAAACAUCCGGCCACAAUUUCCACCACUCCCGGAAAUGCCAAAGGUCCCCUCACUGGUCUGGCUGCUGACAGUCUACAGCAUGGGCGUACUGUCACGGCUGGAUGAGUUGAAGGCCAGGGUCACCUCUGUCUUUGGGUCAAUCUUAAAGAUGGACUCCACAAAGAAGGUGACCAAUAAACUCGCCAGGGCAGCUUCCGACACAGCCGCCUGGGCCACGGAUGUGGGCAACGAGCACGGGCAGGUCCUGAAUUGCGUUCUCACUGCCGGUGAAUGCAAGGGCCUGCUCCGUAUGGCGGCUGGGCUUAUGGAGCGGUACCGACUCGCAGGCGUACCGUCCCCCGAGCUCAUGUACGUGGACCGAGACUGUUGCUCUAGCGUCGGCGGAUCCAAGCCUGCUGCCAUGUUUCCCGAGUGGGCCCAGAUGGUGGUUCGUCUUGACAUCUGGCACCUGAUGCGGCGGUUCGCAGCAGGUGUUGUUUCUGAGAGCCACCAGCUGUACAGGGCCUUCAUGCGACAGCAGUCCGAGCUGGAGGGGAGGCGCGGGAUGGUCGGUCUCACUGACAGGGAGGUCUACAGCCACCUCAGGAGGAAGGAAAUGGCUCUUCACUGCCGCCGCCACACACGUGGAGCUGCAGAGACGGAGCUCCUCCUGAUAGAGAUGUUGGAGGUCUUCAACAGUGAGAAGGGGCACGACAACCUGGGCAUCCCGCUGCUGGAUCCCGUUCGCAUCCGAGCAAUCUGGCAAGAGCAGAGGCGUCACCUCAAGUGCAUCCAGGACCCUCCGAGUGUACAGCAGAACACCCAGACUGGCACAAUCACCAAGGGCGGAGUGAUUCUGCCCGUGUAUCGCUGCGCGCGCGGCUCCACUUCUCUGGAGUUUUUCACCUCCACCUCAACCGGUUCAUUCCAGGUAAUGAAUUGUAAUUAUAGGUUUGUAACUAGAUUGAGAUUAGCACAUUCUGACAGGAAGCCCAAAGCCUUGCUACUGAAACCACAAGAUGAUGUCCAGCCUCUUUUGCAUUGGCGAGAAUGAGUGUAACUUGUCGUUUCUGCUCUCAAGGGACAAAAAGGCCUCAAAUUGUUGGAGAAUGACAUCCCCUAAAACAAAACUGAGGAAAAAGUGAAGAAAAAUAUAUUGGUAAAUCAUUACAUUAUACCAA